CCAGAACGUAUUGACGAUAUCGCAUUUCCUCGGUUUUGAUGCGCUACUCAGCUUCCCGUCGAACAAAGGCUCGCUCAUAGUCAACGAUUCAGGCUACUCUGCAAUUCUGAAGUGAAGGUCCAGGGUAGAGCGACAGCUGAGCGGACCAUACGAUGUAUAACCAGGGCUCCGAUCCCAGCUGAAGAGUAAAAAAUCCCUUGGAAUCUCUCGACCCCGCUCCUACCCAUGUAAACUCACUCUACCUCAGCUGCGUAUCCUAAGCGAUCGCCAAGUCCUAGCUGAAGCGAGGGCUUUCGGAGCUGAUGAGAACACCACAACCACCCCACAAUCUCCGUCCCUUGACAACCGUGUGCAACAAAAUGGCAAAUGUACAAAUCGGAACGCUUGCAAAUCCGAACGCAAACCAAGCACUGCAAGACGCUCUGAGACCGAUUAGGUUGAUAUUACCAACAGACGCAAAGAAGCUCCACAGGGUUCAGCAUUAUCAUAUUGGAUUAUUACGAGAGUUGCCACCACCAGUGAUCAUCCAGGCGAGAUGGAACUCAGCAGUACUGCGGAACCUCGAAAAUAGUCUGCGACAGGCCACCAGACCCUUGGUCCGACUCGCUGAUAGGGAGGUGAUAACAGAGCCUGUACUUUGUCUGGCUGGCCGAAGCCAUGCACUCGAUGCAUUAGCAGGUCGGUUAUUCGGGAAUGCUGAAGUACACCUGAGACCGACGGUCUGGAUUCAUUGCGGAAGCAAGACGUGUCGUGAACACGUUCGUCGGACGCUAGACAAUCUGAACUUUCUCCGCGAUUUUCUAGGGCUGCUUGGGCCAGAGUCCCUUUUCCUCUCACUGAACGCCCCGUAUCCAGCUUCAGGACUGAGUCGGCCACUGUUACCGCUGACAAGUGCUGCUAUCGAUGCUAUGUCGCUUGCUAUCCAGUCACCCCUGACGGCGGACACCACUGUUUGUGGCGCCAAGGUCAAAUGUACUGUCCACACCGAUCUGGAAAAGACUACGUGCUACAGCACUGUUGGGGGUCUCAUCGUAGUCAAUGGUGAACUACUCGCUUUGACCACGGCGCAUGCUUUCAUAAGCAAGAUCCGCCAGAGCAGUGCAGAAACCGACUCUGCUGAUCCGCGGGCCCGGAACGAGUCAAUUGCAGACAACGAGACCGGACCUGAGACGAUAUCGCAGUUAGAGAGAGACUUUGGUAUGGUGAAAGACCUUGGAAAAGGGUUUGAUCUAGAGCAGCAAGAACGUUCGAACUUGGGAGACAUCCCAUGGGACGAUUCGGAAGACUCCAGCAUGCGAUGGCUUGAAAUACGUCGGCCUGAAGUCUUCGCUUAUCUCGGUUCAGGUACUGCCACUGGUGCAUGGAACUCUCUUUUGGCUGCACCGGAAACGUCAGACUUUGCUCUGCUUCGUGGUUACUCGCCUUACGGUAAGAGGCUGAACAGAUACCGUGAUGCAGUACAAGACCAGUGGAUAGAGAUCACAAGUCAUGUCUUGACAAGCGACCUUCGCGCCGGAAGGUCCACAUAGUCGCAAAUGGUGAUGGCGCGCCAUUGACUGGCUACUUGCUGGAUGGCGACGGUUCGGUUGUUCUCAGAGGAGUGAUCAUGCGCACCAAGAUGAUCCAAAUAUCUUUCACAGCGCGUCGGGGCAUUUCCGGUGCCUGGGUGGUCCGUGAAGGACAGCUACUCGGUGCUGUGUAUGCCGCGUAUCCUAACAGCCCGUAUCUUCAUAUGAUCCCGGUUGAGACGAUCUUCAAAGAUAUUGGAGACUUCCUCCAGGUUUCUAGUAUUAGAGUGGCUACUGUUGCAGACGUACCACCGCCUGUAGAUAGAGAUCUUGUCAUCCAACGCCACCCAGGUGUGAUCACCGUAGAAUCAGGUCUGCGGUCAGGCUCCGCUCUACCUACAGUGUCA